AUGUUUUGCUUCAUAUUUUUGCAUUUACUCUAUUUUCUGUCAUCUAUUCGUUACCUGCUUAAAUCCAAUAUUAUCUAUUUUUUUCUUGAUUUUCAUAUGCUUAUUUCUUUUACUUUUUCAUGUUUUUCUCAUCACACUUGUUAUAUUCGAUCAUUUUCUUCUACCUACAUUUCGUUUUAUAAUCUUUUUUUCGAUUUUCUUUCUUUCUUUUUCGUUCCUAUCAUUCUUUCAUUUCAUUCUCCAUCCAAUCAUCUUUUUCGUUUCCUUACAUUUUUCUUCAUUCCUCUUUAUUACAUUUACAUUUUUCCGUUUUUCUUCUUUCGUUUCUUUCUUAGUUCCUUUCUUUCUUUUCUUAGUUUAUUUUCUAAUCUAUAUCUGAAUCUUCUACUGUUCUCCUUAAUGUUUCUUUUCUUUCAUUCUCACGCCGCUUUUAAGCAUUUCUCUCCUUGCUUUGAAAUAUUCUAUCACAUACGGUUAAUCAUGCCUCUUUCUUUUCUUUUUCACUAUCAAGCUUCUCUUUUUUUCUGUCUUUUUUUUCUUUAUCGCUUUUUUCUUUUUUUUUCUUUUUCAUUCUCUACUGUUUUGUCAGUCUUUUCAUUUUUCUUUCUGAAAUCCAUUGUGUCGCUUUGCUCUCUUAAAUGUAGAUAG